AUGGUGCUUAACCGCUGCACGAGACCAGACCGGUCAAGCUAUUGGAAUCGAACCAUCCGAUACUCGAGCGACAAUUCCAGAACUUUCUGCGGCGAGCGGAGCGCCACCGGGUCGCCAUUGUUCCACGGUGAAGGGGAAUUAGGUAGGCUCAAAGCCCCCCCCCCGCUCCCCCGCGUCGGAUGCGAUCAAUGGCCCUUUCAAUUAAAAGUUUCUCUCACCCCGCGCCCCGUUUGCUCGCCGCACCUCGUCGCUUUUGUUUCCAACAACUUGCCAGUCGCGUGCGGUGCGCGAGACAGUGUGGUAACUUGUGAGUGCGUCCGUGGCGGCGCCGACGCGAGCGUCAAGUCAAUGCCGGUGCGCCGAUGGAGCGGUGAUCGCGGCCUGACUACGUCACAAGAGCAGCGCUGG